CCUCACUGGAGGCUCGGCGCCAGUCGGUCGACAGAGCAGAAGUAAAUACGUGUGUAAUUUAGGGAGAAAUCUGUCAAACCAAGUCGUUGAGUCGCCAGUCGCCCAACAAUGAACCUCGAUUUGCUCGUUCUUUCUUAUGAAUUACUGGCUCAGACUUUGGAUUAAACUUCGGGAUUUCUCUCACUUUACUCAUGGAUAAUUUCCUGCUUCUUUCUGAGUCGUUCGGGCAGAACUAUCCAGAGGAGGCAGAUGGCACUCUGGACUGUAUCAGUAUGGCCCUCACCUGCACCUUCAACCGCUGGGGCACCCUGCUGGCCGUGGGCUGCAACGACGGGCGCAUCGUCAUCUGGGACUUCCUCACACGGGGCAUCGCCAAAAUCAUCAGCGCACACAUCCACCCGGUCUGCUCUUUGUGCUGGAGUCGCGACGGUCACAAGCUGGUGAGCGCCUCAACGGACAACAUUGUCUCGCAGUGGGACGUCCUGUCAGGAGACUGUGACCAGAGGUUCCGCUUCCCCUCGCCCAUCCUGAAGCUGCAGUGCCACCCCAGGGACAUGGACAAGGUGCUGGUGUGUCCCAUGAAGUCGGCCCCGGUCCUGCUCACGUUGUCCGACUCCAAACACGUCGUCCUGCCCGUGGACGACGACUCGGACCUGAACGUGGUGGCGGCCUUUGACAGGCGGGGGGAGUUCAUCUACACUGGCAACGCCAAAGGAAAGAUUCUGGUGUUGAACACAAACACUCAGGAGCUGGUGGCUUCCUUCAGAGUGACAACUGGAACCAGCAACACCACUGCCAUCAAGUCUAUUGAAUUUGCACGCAAGGGCAGUUGCUUCCUCAUAAACACAGCAGACCGGAUCAUCAGGGUGUACGAUGGCAGGGAGAUACUGACAUGUGGCCGAGACGGUGAGCCCGAACCCAUGCAGAAACUACAGGACCUGGUGAACCGGACUCCCUGGAAGCGAUGCUGUUUCUCUGGCGACGGCGAAUACAUCGUGGCCGGUUCAGCCAGGCAGCACGCCCUCUACAUCUGGGAGAAGAGCAUCGGCAACCUGGUGAAGAUCCUGCAUGGGACCAGAGGAGAGCUGCUGCUGGAUGUGGCUUGGCAUCCUGUCCGUCCGAUUAUCGCCUCUAUCUCCAGUGGGGUGGUGUCCAUCUGGGCUCAGAACCAAGUGGAAAACUGGAGCGCUUUCGCUCCGGACUUCAAAGAGCUGGACGAGAACGUUGAGUACGAAGAACGAGAGUCAGAGUUCGACAUCGAGGACGAAGACAAGAGUGAACCCGAGCAGACAGGUGCCGACGCUGCCGAGGAUGAAGAGGUGGACGUCACCACUGUCGACCCCAUUGUGGCUUUCUGCAGCAGCGAUGAGGAGCUGGAGGACUACAAGGCCCUGCUGUACCUGCCCAUCGCCCCCGAGGUGGAGGAUCCGGAGGAGAACCCCUUCGGCCCCCCGCCGGACACCUCGGUCCAGCCGGCCGCCCCCGAGGAGGCGCUGGCCGGCAGCGACAAGAAGAAGCUUUUGUCUGAGGGAGGCCCGACCAAGAAAAAGGCUCGCACCACCACCAUCGAGCUGCAGGGGGUCCCCAGCGACGAGGUGCACCCCCUGCUGGGAGUGAAGGGGGACGGCAAGUCCAAGAAGAAGACAGCCGGCCGUCCCAAAGGCUCUAAAGGUAAAGACAAAGACUUCCCCUUCAGGCCCAAGCCCUACAGGGGCGAACGGCCCUCCUUCCCUGUGGAGGCCCUGGGCAGCUCUGGCCCUGGAGGAGUAGGAGCAGGAGGAGGAGGAGGAGGAGGAGGGAUGAAGGGCAGGGCAGAGGGGGGCCUGGCCACAGGUAAGUUCUCCACCCGCCCUGCUGCUGCUCAGUCAGGCAGCUCGGCUCAGUCUGACUGACGCCUCCCUGCCUCGGCCUGUCUCCCUUACUGCUUCCUCCCCAACGCAACCCACCCCCCCGCUCCCCCAACACACACACAGACACACACAGACUCACUGACCUGCAUGAUGUAAAGCCACAGUCUGGAGGACAAAACACCUGCUGCGUGUUUCAUUAGAUGACAUCCGGUCCCGUUACUAACGGCAGCUUCUUCAAAAACCUCAACGGAGUAAAUGAUGAGACUCGAAGGAGGGAGCGAAAAUAUCAUAUAAUGCAAAAUAUUUUUAGGCUAAUAUUUAUGCAAUAUUAAAUGCUUACAUUUUUUUCUUCAUGUUAAAAGGAAAGUAAAACAUUUGUUCUCUGUUUCACAAUCUACAAGAUAAAAGUUUUUUUCCACUACUUUGUUUUUUUUUCUUCUUACUGAGACAUUUUGAUUCUGGUUUCAAUACGAGGAAUUCUCUCUGAGGACAAAUAUCUCGUGUGAAGCCAAUAUCUCCCCCCCACAUGUGUGGGCUGUGUGUUCGAAGGCCGCUGUGUGUACCGACACAAAGACGCCGCCUCAGAUGCAGCGAUGGAUCCGUCGAAGCUAAUUCCCGUCCUUGAAGUUAUGUAAUUACAGCCGUGAAACCGCCCAAGCUUUCAGACGCUUCCUUUUUUCGUGCUCAGAUUACAGUUCAACGUUUUAGACUAAAUGGGGACCAGAGUGGUGGUUAAACUGAAGCUCCCUCGUCCUCACACAUGAAGGACCCGUCUGCCAAAAUAUCAAAUCAAACAAUUAAAAUAAGAGGGAGAGAAACCUGAUUUCCUGAUUCCACAGGAGGUGAAUCUACAGCGGCUCCUCUUUCCUCCCUCCCAGGCUGUGGCUUUAUGACCUCUGCUGACCUCUGCCUCCCUCCGGCUGUCUCGCCAUUACUUCAGCUCGGCUGAUGUCGGUCUGUAGUUGUCGGACGGGUGCUGACGGUGUGGAUGGUGCAGCUCGCUAGCUGGCUAGUCUACGUCUACUUCCUGCUUGACCUUUGACCCUCCUGCUCUCACCUCGCUCCCUGUGCUUGUUGUGUGUGUGUGUGUGUGUGUGUGUGUGUGUCAGAGAGAGAGAGGUGUAUAUUUAUGUCUGAACUAAUUGCAGAAAAGGUUGGUUAUUAUGAAAAGAUCUACAUCAUCUAAAAUUAUGUUUUGAUUUUUAAAAGACCAAAUCUAUAUCAACACAACUCUGCUCUCUGUACGCUUCAACUGAACAAAUACAACUUAAUAAACUGGAUAAUUAUAUAUCUCCUGAGAAAUAUCAGGAUUGCACAAAAAACUACAGGUGAACAGAGCCAGGCUAGCUGUUUCCCCCUACUUCCUGUCGUUAUGCUAAGCUAGGCUAACCACAUACUGUUACACACACAGACACAAUUUAAUAUCCAUCCAAAAGGUUAAACUAUUGCUUUAAUGAAAUCACAAUUUUACUUCUUUUUGUCAAGCAGACUCUCAACAAAAACACACUUCCUGCGCAGAUCUUUCACAUUAAAAGCCUCUCAAGGCGCUUCAAACUUUUGCGGGAAGAGUCACUGUUUUAUGAAUAGCAACUUAACGCCGGCAGCAGACGUUGGUGCAGCUGAAGUGAUUUAGAAGGAAUGAAUUAAUAGAAUAAAUAGUGUCUGAAGCCGAGUGGUGAGUAUGAUAUUCCUUUGCUCUGAGUGCUGUGCGAAUGUUCCUCUAGAGAAACAGAAGGAUGCUGGAUCCUCCAGCUCUUAUUCAAACACGUUCUUUUACUGCCCAAUAAUUGCCCGUCAAUUAGAGGAAACCGUUGUGUAACCGGCGUGUUCCUCCGCAGGGAGCCUGGUGUCGCAGUCGUACAAACAGCACGACAUGGGCGGGAUGGACUGAUCACGGCCGUGUGCGUUUUUUUGCGAAGGAGCCUCCGAACGGGCUGAAACUAAGAGACAGUCCUGGUGUGGUAACGUGGGCUGUUUCCUCAGAGCAAAGCGUCCACCUGCCCACAUCUCCCCAUGUCCCCCCCCCGUAGUCCGCGUGUGUCUGAAUCGUAUUGUUGUUUUUAUACGUAUUAAAACAUUUGGUUUAUACGUAACCGUGUGGUUCCUGAGUCGGAUUCUCCAGAUUCUUGCAGUUAAACAACGUGGAGAAAAUUUAAGGUUUGUUUGCUUUUUGUUAAUUGUUUCAAACUAAUUCAACUAUAAACAACUAUAAAUCUCAAGGUACACACUGCAAAAAGAUUCAACUCUUACAGAGUCAAUUGUACGAAAGAGCUUGAGUCGUCAUCCAGUGUCAAGAUCAGAUUAAUUUGCAACACUUAGUAGAGUUAAAUUAACUCUUUGAUAGGAUUGAAAUGUAACUGUACAGUGUCACACUUCUUGGUAUCAGGCUUAACUCCAUGUAUGUAUGUAUGCAUGGAUUGGUGAGGGUGCAGGGUUGUUGGUUUGAACCCUGGUUUACCCAUGUUCCAUGUCAAAGUGUCCCUGAGCAAUACACCUAACCCUGAAUUGCUCCCUGGGCUAAAAUGUAAACUCCAUGUGUUAAAAAUGCAACAUUAGUUGCUUUUGAUAAAAGCAUCAGCUAAAUGAUGUGUUCAACAUUGAGCAGAUUUAUUCUGACACUUAUUCCGAGUUAAAUUGUUAACACUUCGUUGAGUGUUGAUUUAACACUGACACGACUGGGACAAUAUACCAGCUUAGAGUUAAAAUUGAAUCUCAGAGUCAAUUUAAAUCUGAAAUUUGCUGCGCAUGGUUAUUAUAUUUUUACUCUAUGAUAUUUCAGAAAGUAAUAUUCAUCUUUUUACUGCGCUUUGUUAAUUAGGAAAGACUUUUUCUAGUACGAAAUGUGAUGCAUUGUAACAGAUUAAACGAAAAGUACAUGAAGUAUAAAUUGCUCUACUGUAACUAGCGAUAACAGCAUAAUCAAGCCAUAAUAAUGAUACAACUACAUAGAAGUAUAUCACUGACAGCUGUAGGCAUUUUGUAUUAAGUGGGUACUUUUGUAGAAUACAUUUUGAAAGCAGGACUUGUGAAGUAUUUUUAACAGUUGAAUUUCUACUUGUACUUUACUAAAUAUCAAAUACCUCACACAUUUACUUGAAUGAAAUGUAGGUUGUCAUCUAUGAGGAACUUUAAAAAAACAUUUGGCAAUUUUCCCCCAAAAACAUUCCUGUUGGAGUUUUCUCGUCUUUUUCUCAUUUGAAUGAAGGUAUUAGUCACAAAUCACAUGACCUACUCUACGUUUCCAUUUCUGUAUCCUCGAGUUUAAUUUGGAGUCAUUUCAAAACAUUCAGUGGUGACAA